AUGCCCGACCCGGCGGCCGACGCGCAGGCCCCGCCCGGCGCGCCUGUCCGGGCCGAGGCCGCCGUGUCGUCCGUCUUCAAGGCCCUGGUCAGCGGAGCGGCCCUCGGUGCCGGCCGGCCCUCCUUCUCGUCACUGCUGUCCGGCACGCCGACCCCCUCGUCCUUGUCCUCGGCCUCCCCCUCCUCCUCGGGCCCGGUAGAUGUGUCGGUCGGUGCGGGCGCCGGCGCCCCCUCCGCCGGCGCCGAGAGUGCCUCGCGGCCCGGGCCGUCGGCCGCCAAGCGUGACAUGUCUCCGGCUGCCGGGCCAUCGCGCUCGGACCCGGACCCCGGCGGCCGAUCGACCGACCCCGUCGCCCUGGAUGAUACUCUCCAGUCGGAUCUCAUCCGCUAUCGGCGGACACUCGCGUCCACCGUCCACGCCUGCAAGAAACUCACGGCCGAGCGCGUGUCCUUGCGCUCGGCGCUCAACCGCCUGGAGCAGCUUCACGCGGGGCUUCACCGAGAACGCGAUCGCCUGGACACCCUGUCGGCCAACUUCAUGGAAUCGCUGCAGGCCGCCUCGGCCGGCCUGGGCAUCGAUCCGGCCGCCGAACAGCCUCCUGCCGACCUGGAUGGCGCCCUUCGGCAACUCGAUGAGUCGUCGGCCGCCUCGCUGUCGGCGCUAGUGUGGAACUCCCUGCAGCUGUCACACUGGCUUCAGCCCUUUGUGGACUCCCUGUCGAACGCGCCGCAGCCCAGCGAGCCGUCCACCCCGACGGCGGACUCCGUCGACUCGGCCGACCUCGAGGAGCUGCUUCAAAUCGAGCGCACCGACAAGGCCGAGCAGAUCCUCUCCUUCCAACGGCGGCUGGACACCGCGCGCCUGGCCCUUGCACAGGCCGAGGAGAGCGCGCGCGCCAGCGAGGCGCGUGCCGUGGCCGCCGAGCGCUCGGCCGCGCUGGCCGAGCAUGCGCGCUCCGCUGCCGAGAGCCAGGCCCUCGGGCACUCGAUGGAGUGCCAGCGCCUGGAGGCGGCCCUGCUGGAGUCGCAGCGCAACCAGGCGGCCCAGCUGCUGGCGGCCCAGCAGCAGAUCGACGAUCUGCGCGACCAAUUGGACAGUGCCAGGUCGCCUGGGAGCCCCGGGUCGCCGGCGGGCGAGACGUCUCCCGGGCUCGGCCCGCGGGCCGGCGCCCCCGCCGCCGGCGGCACCGCCGCCGCCGCCGCGCGCGUCGAGGCCAAUGCCAUCGUCACGCAGGCCGAGAUCCAGGCUCUGCGCACGGAGGUCCGCCACUACCGCGAGAAGGCCCUGCGCGCCGAGCGCGAAGCCGACACCCUGCGCGCGCAGCUGGCCUCCACCCGGACCGACCUUUCGGCCCUGCGCCUGGAGCAGGAGCAUGCCCUGGCCGCGGCGGCCGGGCGCCCGGCAUCGCCGCCGCCGGUCCUGGCGCCGGAGCCGGAGCCGGCAGCCCUCGCGGCGGCCGCGGCCCUGGAUGCCGAGCGUGCCACCGUGUCCCGCCUGACCCACCGUCGUGCGUUGCCGUCGUUGUCGCCGGAUUGGCCGCCGCGGCGCCGGCACCGCUCGGGGGCGCUGGCGAGCCAACGCCCCCGGGCGCCGGGCCCCCGCCGCGCUCGGCCAUGA